AUGCCGAGGGAGCUCCCCUACACACCUUGGGGAUUCGUGGCUGGUGAUAUAACAAUAUCACUAAGCUGUGCUUAUGUUUUGUUUGGUGUGCCUGAUGAUGGUAGUAUUUCAACAGGUAAGGUUAACGAGGACGCUGGGCACAGGUUUCAGCAACUGUCAGGUUCAGUACACAAGAUGGGAAUGGUAUUGGACUCGGUACAAACUGAUGUUAUUCAGUUAAACAGAACCAUCAAGGACGCAUCAGUUGAAUCUGGUGGUGUGCAGCAAAAGUUUGAUCUCCUAGAGGAUACACUUCAGAAAAUUAUUAAAGGACAAAAUGAUCUCAAAGUACUUGCUGAAAACAGCAUGAAAAGCAACUCUGAUCAGCUGAAUGUUCUCAACUCUCGCACCAGCAAAUUGAAUGAGAUGUCUUUGGUCGUUUCAGUCUGCCCAAAAAAAGUGCAAGCAGAUUUAAGGGAGCUGCAUGGCGACACCUUCAGGGUUCUUACAAAGGACAUGGAGGAAUUAUCCUGA